AUGACCUCUCUUGUCUCCGAGUUUUUGAUUAAUCCAGUUCUGAGACAGGCCAGACGGUUUUCACGAUCCGACGCUGUCCAUACACACGACUCGAAUAAUUCGUUAACUCCGCAAUCCGUCCUAGAAAGUAGUAAUGAGGUCGAUGAAGUCGUUGUAGAAGAUGUGACGGAAGAGGGAAGAGAUAUGGGUCUGCCAGAUGUAAGGGAACAUGCAGGCGUCGAUGGCAGAAUUGGGAGUCCGUCGAGUCAAUCUCCAACUCACGAAGGGAAUUCGCUAGCGGAUGUUUAUAGUCUUCGACAUGAGGUUGAUCGAAAUGAAACUGAUCCGUUGAUAACCUCUCAUAUACAGUCGAAUAUGAGUCGAAUUGAUAGCGGUGUGACUGGUAAUCCUCCUGUCAGCAUAGCAUCGCAGACUCAGGACAACGUUAGAGAUGGAACGUCUAGCAGUGCGGCUCUUAAUUUACAUAUGAGUUCCGCCGAAGGUCUGUCCCAACACUUAAGUCAAGAUACGACUUCGGCUUCAAUAGGUCUUGACACUGGGAGUUGUGCUCUUCCUGCGGACGAUGGCAUGGGCCCUCUUCGACAACGCAUCAAAUAUAUACAGGCUAUGGAUAUACCUACAGAACAAAAGGCAUUGUUGAUGCAUCAACUCUUGACCCAAAGUUACAAUGAAGCUCACGAAAUAUUCAAUGCGAAGAAUUGUGUACCAAGUACGACGGCAGAAAAGAUGAUUAGUCAGGAGAGGCCUGCGACUCCAGGUUCAUUAAGCUCUUUCAUUUGGCAGAUGAAUGGUGCUCUAGAUCCAGCACCUGUAACUGAAAGUCAUACUUUCCACCUCUCGCCAGAUGACUUGGAGAGGACUUAUGCUCCCCUCGAUCCUGUCGAGGUUGAUGAUGGGAGCGAAGAAACUGAAAAUACCGAAGAUUCUAUCCCCAUGCUUGGUUGUAAACAUUAUAAGAGGAAUGUUAAAUUACAGUGCUCUACCUGUGAUCGAUGGUAUACAUGCCGGCUGUGUCAUGACGAAGUUGAGGAUCAUAUCUUAAUUCGCCACGAAACCAAAAACAUGCUGUGCAUGGUCUGUGGUUGUGCUCAGCGAGCUGGCGAAUUUUGUGUCGAGUGUGGAGAGAGGGCUGCUUGGUACUAUUGUGGAACUUGCGGCGUGUGUAUGUCUAUGUCUCUUAUGGACGACCACAAAUGCAUCGAGAGAGUAUCUGACUGCGAUUGUCCGAUUUGUGGAGACUACAUGUUUACCUCACCAAAACCCGUUGUCUUCAUGAUUUGUGGUCACAGCAUUCACUCAGCUUGUUAUAUCGAGCAUAUGCAAACCUCGUAUAAGUGCCCGAUAUGUAGCAGGAGUGUGGUUGGUAUGGAGACACAAUUCCGAAAUCUCGAUCGAGCCAUCGAUAAUCAACCAAUGCCGCCCCAAUUCCGAAACACUUUGGCGAUGGUUUCGUGUAAUGACUGUUAUGCCAAAAGUGCUGUCAAAUACCACUGGUUGGGACUGAAAUGUGCGAUUUGUGAUUCGUACAAUACAGCUCAAUUGUCAAUAUUAAGUGAUCCAGAAGUCGGAGCUUCGGAAACAGGAGUAGGAGAUGCACAGACCGAUGCACAAACUGGUCAGGAACCACGAGAAAUGCUUGCGUCUACACAUUUGAUACCUGGUGUUCCUAGGAAUCGUAGACAUUCUUCCCACAUACCUUCCUCCUCAUCACAAGGAGAAUCCGGUGGAUUCCCUCCUUAUACUGUUCCCUCUCGGCUAGGUAGAUCAGUGUCGCCUGCUCGAGGGGUAGGAUUAUUUAGUAGUCAAUCCGCGGCUGGCGGCGAGAGUGACGAUUCUGGUGAUGAGGAUGACCUAGAUUUCUGGGGGAGAGACGAGCCACGAAGCUCAAGAAGAUUACGAGCGACGCUUGACGCAGGCGUGGAUGCACAAGAUGAUAACGACAUUGAAUAUGAAGAUGAUUCCAGUGACUCGGAAUCUGGGAAUGAUGACGACGAUGAUGACGGUGAGGAGGAACCAUUUGCCAUUUUUGGACAUCGUUGA